AUGAACACUGUCCCAUAUGCUAGUGGAGUUGGCAGCUUGAUGUAUGCCAUGGUGUGCACCAUGCUAGAUUUGGCCUAUGCAAUGAGCAUAGUAAGUCAUUUUAUUGUAGACCCCAGUGAGCAACAUUGGAGUGCUCUUAAAUGGAUUCUAAGGUAUAUAAAAGGAUCCUUAAAUGUUGGACUAGUUUUUAACUCAGAACCAUUGUUUGGAAGUGAAGUAGUUGGGUAUGUAGACUCAGAUUAUGCUGGCUGUAUAGACACAAGAAGAUCUCUAACUGGGUAUGUGUUUACAGUUCAAGGAGGGUGUGUUAGUUGGAAGGCUAACUUGCAGAAAGUAGUUGCAUUAUCAUCAACUGAAGCUGAAUAUAUGACAGCCACAGAAGCUAUUAAAGAAGCAAUAUGGCUAAAGGGACUUACUAAAGAGCUGGGACUUAAUUCAGAAAACAUCACGGUUCACUGUGACAAUCAGAGUGCUCUACACUUGAUGAGGAAUCCCAUGUUCCAUGAGAGAUCCAAACAUAUUGAUAUUAAACUGCAUUUUAUUAUAGAGGUGAUUGCUAACAGAGAAUUUCAAGUUAAGAAGAUAAACACAGCUAAUAAUCCAGCUGAUAUGUUCACAAAAGGGGUCACUCAAGACAAGCUUAGGCAUUGCCUGAACUUGUUAAACAUAGGAGAAUAUGGUUAG